AUGGCAUCCAGCGCAGCCAAUCCGCCCAAGUACCCUCCGGUGAAGCUGCCGCACCCCUUUCUCACCACAUAUCGAGUGCAAGCAAUUACCGGGACGACACCGACAAAGCGCCAGUUGGUUCUGGCAAGCCAGCCGGCCGAUGGACGUCCUCUGGCAGAGCCUUUACAUCUCGACUCGCUCUCAUGGGUUGACUUGUCCUUCCCUCCUAAAGAUCAAUCUCCUCCCGACUCAGAUAACAGUGCUUGGGCCCGGGCUCGUCGCAGUCCAACCACUACGUUCGAAUGGACGUCAGAUUGCCCUUCGCUGGGUCAAAUCUGGAAUGCCAUCCAUGCAAUCUACCUCGCCAACCCCACAUACGAAUAUUUCCGGCUGACUUUGGCCGGUCGGGACGGUGAUAUUCUUCGCAAGGAACUUCUUACAACCGGACUGGCGAUCGAGCACCCGAAACCGUGGCAUCGGCCCCAGGAUAGGGCGACUUGGAAAUCUGAUGACUUGUUGAUUCUCCGAAAUGCUUUCUGGCAAGGCGCAGCUUCUCCAACGGGCCCUCGGCCGAUCUGGACAGUGGGAGAUGGAACGGAUGGCCCUCUUCGCAAGCCUUUGGAUCAAUUCCCCAUUAUGCCCGAGAACUAUCAGAUUACUAUGAAGUUCCCAGAAGAGGCUGUGUACACCCGCCAUCCGACUCGCCGUCCCAAGCCGCACCCUGGAUCCAUUGCCUACAGCCGAUACAUCCCUGAGGUUGAUCAACACUUUUCCCUCGAGGUGGUCGAUUGGGAGAACCUUGAGCACUUGAAGCUCUUCAACACCUGGCAGAACGAUCCGCGAGUUGCAAAGGGUUGGAAUGAGACUGGAACUUUGGACGAACACAGGAACUAUCUUCGCAAGCUGCACUUUGAUCCUCACGUUCUUUGCUUGUUCGGACGUUUUGAUAACACCCGCUUCUCUUAUUAUGAGCUGUAUUGGGCCAAGGAGGAUCACUACGGUGCCCAUUACGACGCCGGUGAGUACGAUCGCGGACGUCACUCCCUUGUUGGCGACGCAUCAUUCCGUGGUGCUCAUCGUGUAAACGCCUGGUAUUCAAGCUGCAUCCACUACUGCUUCUUGGAUGACCCACGAACUGUCAAUGUUGUUGGCGAGCCCAAGGCUACCGGCGCAACCAUCUUGUCGUAUGAGAAUGCCCAGGGUCUUACCAUCGGCAAGUACGUCGACCUCGGCCACAAACGUUCAGUCCACAGUAUCGCCAGUCGUGAGAAAUGGUUCCAGCUGUGUCCCCUGUUUUGGGAUGGACGCGAAAGACCUCUUGAAUCUGCCGACCGUGCCGCAUGGAAUGCCAAACUCUAA